AUGUAUUUAAUUCUAUCAUUAAUAAUAUUUUUGGCAUAUGUUGCUUUUCAUAAAAAAAGAACCAAUGGUAUGCCACCAGGACCAUUUCCAUUACCAAUUAUUGGAAAUUUACAUCAAUUGGGUAAGUCACCCUAUAAAUCAUUGAAAUCAUUUUCAGACAAAUAUGGUGGUUUGACAACAAUUUUCUUGGGUAGUGUUCCAACUGUAUUAAUUAGUGAACCAAAUAUUCUUAGAGAAAUUAUCAUCAAAAAUAAUGAUUCAAUCAUUGAUAGAUAUAUCUCUGAUAGUGGUUUAAUUAUUGGUGGUGAAAGAAAUCUUUUAUUCUCAAAAGGUUCAUUUUGGAUCAAAUAUAGAAAGAUCUUUUCAUCUGCAAUGACAAAUGCUAGAAAAUUCAAUAUUGCCUCAAGAAUUGAACAACAAGCAAUUAGUUUAAAUAAUUAUUUUGGUACUUAUGCAAAUUCUAAACAAGCUAUUAAUCCACAUGAUUAUAUUAGAAGAUAUAGUUUAAAUGGUGUAAUUGAUUAUUCAUUUAGUGAUUCAGUAGAGUAUGAAUCAGAUACACAUCAUAUUGUGAUUAGAGCAGCAGAGAUUAUGGAAGAAAUUUUAGCAACUGGUAAUCCACAUGAUUAUUUACCAUUUUUGAAACCAUUUUAUACAAAAAAGAGAAACACAUUGGCAAUGGCUGUUGGUCAAGUUUGGGACUAUUGUAAUGAUGCAAUCACAGUUCAUAGAAAGACAUUGGAUCAUGAGAAGCCACGUGACCUUUUAGAUUUAAUUUUAAUGGAAAUUGAAAAAUCUGAAGAGAAGCAAUUCUAUGAUGAUGAUUCAUUAUCAAAAUGUUUAACAGAUUUGAUUGUUGCUGGCCAUGAAACUGUUGCAAUUACUUUGGGUUGGAUGAUACUAUUCUUGAGCAACCAUCAAGAUGUUCAACAAAAAGUAUAUGAUGAAUUGAUUAAUGUAGUUGGUAAAGGUAAUUUACCAGCAUUGGUUCAUAGAAAGGAUACAAGUUAUUUAAAUGCUUGCAUUCAAGAGACUAUGAGAAUUCGUACUGCCGCUCCAUUGGCUUUGCCACGUAUUGCAAGUGAAGAUAUUAAAGUAGGUGGUUAUACAAUUCCAAAGGGUACUCAGGUUAUGAUGUCAGUUUAUGGUAUGGCUUCUGAUGAACGUUAUUGGAAGGAUCCACAUAUUUUCAAUCCUGAAAGAUGGCUUUCAAGUAAUCAUUCCACUGAAAAUGGUGGUGGUGGUGGUGGUGUUGUUGGUAACUCCUCUCAAUCUGAAGUUUUCAUCCCAUUCGGUGUUGGUCCAAGAAUGUGUGUUGGUAUGGGUGUAGCUAAAGAUGAACUUUACUAUUGUGCCUCUCAAAUGUUUAUGAAUUUCAAAUGGAGUCCGGUAAAUGAUAAACCAAUUGAUGAUGAAGGUGUAGCUAGAAUAGCACUUGAAUAUAAAGAAUAUCAAGUAGUUUUAGAAAGAAGAAAAUAA